CGGGGCUUGUCCCAGCAGCCAAUGAGCCACGAGCCGAUCGUAACCACUCGCUCCAUGCAUCUUUCGCUAUAGAGUUAUCUUACACAGUAGUCUGCCGUUACGCAGUGAAAGAAGCUCUCGCAUUAAACUAGGGGACAGCGUCUGAACUCGAAUAGAUUUCAGAGAGACAGUGAAAGACAUGCCACCAAAAUACAAAUUAUUUUACUUUCCAAUCAGAGUUAUUGCUGAGCCAAUUCGAUUCAUUUUGGCAUAUGUUGGUGCUGAAUAUGAAGAUAUUAGAGUCGAAUGGGCUGACUGGCCAAGUCUUAAACCAGAUACACCGUAUGGAACAUUACCUGUCCUUGAAAUUGAUGGAAAGAAACUUGGUCAGUCCAUUCCCAUAUGCCGCUACCUAGCAAAGCAAUAUGGAUUACUGGCUGAAAAUGACUGGGAUAAUGCACAAAUUGAUGCAGCAGUUGAUGCUAUCGAUGACUUGAGAUGGUCUAUAAAAGAUUUCUUCUUUGAAACAAAUGAAUCAAGAAAAAAGAAUCUGAAAGAAAAACUAAUUAAGGAAACAGUACCAUUUCACUAUGCAAAAUUAGAGGCAAUGGUGAAAAAUAAUGGUGGCUAUCUUGCAGGUGGUAAGUUGACUUGGGGUGAUCUGUACUUCACAACUAUGCAAGAACUUUUCGAUCAUGAUCUUGAAUUUGAAAUAACCAGAGACUAUCCACACCUUGCAACACUAAGGAACAAAGUUGUGAACAUACCAUCAAUUAAAUCAUGGAUUGAGAAACGACCAAAAACAGAUCGAUGAGGCAUAUUUUGAUGAUGUAUACUUUCAUGUGAUACAGGAAUAUUUGUGCUUAUGUGUGAAAACUUACUGACAGAUAUUAAUUAUAACUUUAUGAGGCUUAAACCACAAGAAGUUUUACUAUUCCUAUGUUUUAUGCCACAAAACAUAUGGUAAUGCCUUUGUAAUGAAAGACACACAUAAAAUUUUGUUAUUAUGCCAUGUAUUCAAAGUAAUUCAAUAAACUGCACACUAAAUCUCAA